CCAAAGUUUUGAAUUUGAAGUUGGGCAGUUUCCCCAUCACCAAACCUCGGGAUAUACUUUACUGUAUAGCUGGACCCAAGAAUCCGCGCCUCGUCAGUACUCGACCGCGAAGCCUUCCGCGCACAGGUUGUCUGUCGCGAACCCAGGCGCUCACGAGACCUUGGCCGGAGAUCCCUAGAUGAUGCCGCAUCCUGUGUCGCCGCCGACAAUGACGGUCCCCAUCAAGGCGCCCGACGGCGCUGCCCCGCCCCCCUCUCAGGCCGACGUCUCGUCCGUGAUCAACACCAUCUUCACCGCCAAGACUUCGUCCGCUUCCAUCGAUGCCUGCUACGGACUCUGCGAGCUGCUUCUCAACUCGGUCGGCUUCCAGGGCCUACACCGCUAUGGCAUUCUCGCCGAGGUCAAGAAGGCCGCCGCCGACAAGAAGAGCGGGCUCCGUCGUGAGAGCGCUCAGAACCUCCUUGGCGCCCUGUUCGAACGCUUUCCUCCGCGCCAACCCAUCUGCGAGAUCGUCUUCCUCCUCCAGGAUGGCGGCAUGCUCGGUUGCGCUUUUGAUGCCCUCGCCGACAAGGGCGCUGUCGUUCGCGAUGCCGCCCAGUACGGCAUCGAUGCCCUAUUUGCUAACCUUAGCGCCGAAUCCCUGGUCGUUGGCCUCCUGCCCGCUCUCAUCGAAUACGUUCAGAAAUCCGGUGGCAAGUGGCAGGGUGUUGUCGGCGCACUCAAGCUGAUGCAGAAGAUGGCCGACAAGGCCAAAACCACAAUAGGAAGCACCAAGGAGGAGGCCCAAGAGCAGGAUUUUUUGCGCGAGGCAAUGGGCGCCAAGCUUUCCCGUCUCAUUCCCAUCGUGGAGAAUGCCAUGCUUGAUAUGAAGACCGAGGUGGAGAAGCAGGCCGUCAAAACCAUGACCUCACUAACAUCUCUCCUCUCGAACGACGACGUUGCCCCCCGCAUUCCGCUCCUUAUCGAGACCAUGCACCAUCCCUCGGCCGAAGCACUUCAGAAGGCCAUUCACGCCCUUUCGCAGACAACCUUUGUUGCCAUCGUGACAUCGCCCGUCCUGGCACUGCUCACCCCAUUUCUCGAACGCUCGCUCAACAACCCCACGACCCCGCAGGAGGUUCUCCGCCAGACGGUCGUUAUCACCGAGAACCUGACCAAGCUCGUCCACGACCCGAUUGAGGCCCGGACCUUUUUGCCCAAGCUCCAGCCCGGCGUUAAGAGCGUCGUUGACAGGGCUUCGCUCCCUGAGGUUCGCGAGCUGGCGACACGGGCAUUGAAUGUUAUGGACAAGGCUAUGGGCGAUGACAAGACGGCUGUCGUCGAGCGCACCACUGCUGAGGACGUCGCCAAGGUCCUCGAUGCCGAGAUUAAGAAGAGCGGUGGUAUUGCUGGCGAUGUGACUGCUUACCAUCUGGCGCGCCCGUACAUCUGCGAGAUGCUAAGCGAGGCUGUCAACCACCGCCAGCUGGACCGCAUCCCUGCCAGGAUUAUGCCGUAUCUUCAAUCCCUGACGCCGAACGCUGAAGCUGUCGCGGCUGCUGUUCAUAGGUACUACGUCGAGGAAGACCACCGCAAGUACGGCGUUCCCGAGAAGGAGGACGACGGCGAGAUCGAAAUCGUCAAUGCCGACUUCUCGCUCGCCUAUGGCGGCAUGCUCCUGCUGUCUCAUACCAACUUGAGACUACUCAAGGGGCACCGCUAUGGUCUCUGCGGCAGGAACGGUGCAGGCAAGUCGACUCUGAUGAGGAGCAUCGCCUCUGGCAAGCUCGAGGGUUUCCCACCCCAGGACGUGUUGCGCACCUGCUAUGUGGAGCACAACCAGGGCGAGGACGCCGAUAUCAGCAUCCUCGAGUUUGUCUCGAAAGAUCCAACCAUCGCGAAGGAGGGUAAGGAGAGGAUCUCGGCCGUUCUGGAAGAGUUUGGCUUCACGUCUGGGCCUGAGGGUCGCCAAUCUCAGAAGGUCGGCUCUCUAUCGGGCGGUUGGAAGAUGAAGCUAGCCCUUGCCCGUGCCAUGCUGCAGAGAGCCGAUGUUCUGCUGCUCGACGAACCCACCAAUCAUCUCGACGUGGCAAAUAUCAAGUGGCUGGAGAACUACCUCAAGACGCAUACCGACAUCACCAGCCUGAUCGUGUCCCACGACUCGGGCUUCCUCGACGAGGUCACGACCGACAUCUACCACUACGAGCCGAACAAGAAGCUGGGCCACUAUAAGGGCAAUCUCGCUGCCUUUGUCAAGGUCCGCCCGGAGGCCAAGAGCUACUACACGCUCUCGGCGUCGAACGUGCAGUUUAAAUUUCCGCCGCCCGGUAUCCUCUCGGGUGUCAAGUCCCAGACGCGUGCCAUCAUCCGCAUGACCAACGUCUCGUACACAUAUCCUGGCGCGUCCAAGCCUUCGCUGAGCGACGUUUCCUGCCAGCUCUCGCUGUCGUCCCGCGUGGCCAUCAUCGGCCCCAACGGUGCCGGCAAGUCGACUCUGAUCAAGCUGCUGACGGGUGAGGUAAUACCGUCGUCCGGUAAGGUCGAGAAGCAUCCCAACCUGCGUAUCGGCUACAUCAAGCAGCACGCGCUCGAGCACGUCGAGAUGCAUUUAGAAAAGACCCCCAACCAAUACCUGCAAUGGCGGUACGCCCACGGCGACGACCGCGAGGUGCACAUGAAGCAGACGCGCAUCCUAUCGGACAAGGACCGCGAGCAGAUGAACAAGUUUGUUGAUGUUGGUGAUGGCAAGGGCAAGCGUCAGGUCGAGGCGCUGGUCGGUCGGCAAAAGUACAAGAAGACGUUCCAAUACGAGGUAAAAUGGCGUGGUUUCCUCCCCAAGCACAACACCAUGAUCUCGCGCGAGACGCUCCUCGACCUGGGCUUCUCCAAGCUCGUGCAGGAGUUCGACGACCACGAAGCCUCGCGCGAAGGCCUCGGCUACCGCGAGCUGCAGCCGUCGGUCAUCUCGAAACACUUUGAGGACCUCGGGCUCGACCCGGAGAUUGCCAACCACAACGAGAUUGGCUCACUGUCGGGCGGCCAAAAGGUGAAAGUCGUCAUCGCGGGCGCCAUGUGGAAUAACCCGCACCUUCUCGUGCUCGACGAGCCGACCAACUUCUUGGACCGCGACUCGCUGGGCGGGCUGGCGGUUGCCAUACGCGAUUUCAAGGGCGGCGUCGUCAUGAUCUCGCACAACGAGGAGUUUGUGGGCGCGCUCGCGACCGAGCAGUGGCAUGUCGUGGACGGGCGGGUCACGCACAGGGGGACCGCGGCGGUGAGCCUGGACCGGUUCGAGGAUUCCAGCAAACCCGCGUCGGCGAUCAACAGCGGGCUGAAUACCCCAGCGCUGAGCAGCAGCGCGGUCAGCAGUGCGGUAAAUAGCGGGGCCGAGGAUAAUGGUGGCGGUGGUGGGGUUACGGGCGAGAGCAUGGCGUUUAGGGCUAAGAAGAAGAAGAAGAUGACCAAGAAGGAGUUGAAGGAGAGGGAGGUGAGGCGGAGGCUGAGGCAUAUUGACUGGUUGAAUAGUCCCAAGGGAACGCCCCGGCCGCCGGAUACGGAUGAUGAGGCGGAGUAGGGGACCGGGGGUCGGGUUCUCUCUUGGGGGAAUCUCUUAUUUGGGUUGGCUUGGCUGUUUUUUGAUUUUGUUGUGUCGGUGAGCAAGCGAUGAUGCGAGAUGGCGGCUAUCUUGAGUCUUGUUGGUAGAUUUUAGAUGUGGGAUUUGGGUUAGAAAAGUAAUGGAUAAAGGCCGGUAUAGAGGCGUUUUGGUGUCGAGGUAAUAGAAGAGC